AACAGCUGUAUUGAACAGAAGAUCCUUCUGCAGUACCAAGUGGAAGAUGGACAGAACAGCCACUGUAACCAUCCUCAUCCUCCUUCUGUGUGCCAUUGCUGCACAGGGUGUUCCGAUCCCAGGAGCACAAGGACGGUGCCAUUGCAUUCAGACCAGCUUUGAUAUUAUUCAUCCGACGUCCAUCAGGAGCUUGAAAUACAUUCCCAAAGGAUCCCACUGCCCGAGUGCAGAGAUAAUAGUCACCCUGAAAAAUGAGAAGAAGGUGUGUGUGGAUCCUGAUGCCAAGUGGUGGCAGGCUCUUAUAAUAACCAUGAAAGGUGGGAAAUGAUACUAAUCAAAAAACUGAAGCUGCAAAAUGAGGGAAUCAAUUCCAUCUCUGGAUUAUCCGAUGGGGAAUGAUGGAAGCUCAGCCCUGGGUGUUGACUCUGUGAUAUCACCAUCCAGUGUCUCCUCUUCAUUGUCUUCUGAGAUUGAUCUUGCUGUUCCUCCCUGUCACGGGACAUGCUUAUACCCUGCCAUGCUAUCUGUUAACAUUUGAUGAUUCCAUCUGAUGUUUGUGUUAAGCUUUGUGCAAAUCCAAUGUUUCUUGUGCCAUUUAUGGUAAUUAAAGUAAAUUCUGUGAUCUGUAAACCUGUGGAAAAGUGUAAAUGAGUCUGAAGUCAUUUGCUAAGACUUAAUUUUAGCUGUGAGGUUGGGAGAUGAUGGUGAAGAAAAAAUAACUCUGUUGAUUAAUUUCCAAGACAACAGUGUUAAAAUGAUCUCAGGCCACAAGGGAAGCCAGCAAUGGGGUGGUGGACUGUGCUCUCUCUCAUACCUGAAAUUAAAGCAGGAGGACCCAUGGGAUUGUUCACAAAAACUCCCACUCCUACCUUCCCCUUUCUUAUUUCAAUGUUUCACCUUCCCCUUUCCUGCUUAAAUGCUGUUCAGAAUCAGUGAUAUACUAGAUGGAAAUACUUUUGAUCAAAUGUGUUUGUUCUAAUUUGAGCAAAACAUUCUUAUGUUGAAAUACUAGAACAAAUGCUUGAAAAUCACUUGAUGCCAUUUUACUGCAACACUGGUCACAGUGUCAGAUUUUAGGAUCCAUCCAAAAUGUGUUGAAGUAAAUGCUCCGCAGAUGUAAUUUUUAUGUGAAAUACCUACAUUUUAGAAGGUAUUGCUGCUAAUAGACUGAUAAUCACUGCAAGAAAUGAGACUUUUAAAUGAGCAUAAAGUCUAUAGAGUCAGUAUAAGUCCUUAGGGUGAAAUAUUUCUAUCACCGUAUAGACCUUAUGGUCUCAUGGUCUAUGGUCUAUAUGGUGAUAGAAAUAUUUUCCCUUGAGGGAACUUUUAUUGGAUUGGAUUCUGUUUGUCAUCCAUGUAAUCUGGACAUAUGAUAUAUGUGAAUGAAUUUUUGAGCAUU